AUGCAAUUCAUAACUGUGCAAGACACCUUUGUAGAUGUCAUUCAAGAUGUCGAAGACGGCACAGUGGAGCAGGAAAGCUUUUGGGUAUCUCGUAGAACCUCAGAGGAAUCAGAACAGGAAUUAUUCUACAUAAAUGUGGCAAAAGAGGACAACCAGGUAAAGUUCACCAACCUGGAAGGAGUUGUAUUUAUUCAAUUUUCACUGAAAAAUCGCCGAAGGUUCAAGUUGAAGAUCGGAGACGAUAGUUAUGUCCUACAGGCUGCGGAGUCGUGGCACACUUUCGAUUCUGUGAUGUCUCUUGCAUCCACAAGCAACAAGCUCAUCAUGGGAACUAUCCAAGGAACAUAUAUAGUUUAUGAUUUGAAGGAGAAAAAGAUUGUGAAGGAGGUUAAGGGUGCCCAUGCGGCUAAUAUAGAGCAUAUUCGAGUUUUCCCGUCGCAGCAGGUGAUUUUGACAGUGGGAUUGGAUCUCCAGAUGAAAAUAUGGCUGCUUGAAAACGACUCACAAAUUCCUGCUAAAGUUUUGAAGGGACAUACUCUGGGAAUUACGUCAAUUGAGUUCAUAGGUAACGGCCGCAACUACUUGACGGGGUCCCUUGAUGGAGCGGUCAAUUUAUGGGAGUGUGGAUCGGGCUCUUUAGUGUACUCGUUUCGUCGCAUUGAUAAUUUGCAAGACCCUGUCAAUUGCAUAGCCACCGUCGAGCUCCCCAAGCCCUGGAGCAUCAAAGAGCCUCUCACAGACAAGGAGUUCGACACCGUUGGCCGGGAAUUGUAUGUUGGGUACGAAAGUGGCAUUAUUCAGAGUUUCGAUGUGGGGUACCAUUCGCAGCUUCGCAAGCGACUAGUAGGGUUUGAAGGUGUAGCAGUCACCUCGAUGGUGAUUUCUGGCAAGUAUAUUAUUGCUGGAUACGGGAAUGGUCACAUUCUAGUUUGGGAGCAAGAAACUAAGAAAAUUGACGUUUCUUUGUCACCCCACAGAAUUGCUCAUCUCACCGUUUUAAAUGAAAGCGAGCAUCAGCUCCAAGUAUUGGUGACGAAUGGGGCCGAUUUGAUCCUAAAAGUGAACAUUGACGUCGAGAAUGGCACUCACUCCAUAACCUACAUGGUGGGUGUGCCUGAGCUUUUCACCGCUACAAGCUUCUCCUAUAACGGUGCCCAUCUCUUCGUCUCUGACAAAUCCGGGGUAGCGGUUUUUGGGAUGGCUGAGACUUAG